AUAUUAUUGGCAUCGCUUACGGGUGUGGACUGUAGUGCCGCCAACUGUUUAAUGUUUAACUUCUCACGAGUGGUUGAGUCAUACAAACUGAUGGUAAAACACGUUCGCGACGGCGAUCUCGAGAGCGCCCGACGACAGCAAAACGUGAUCACAGAUGAGGGACAGAGACACCGAUCGGCGGCCAAUCGUUUACUGUCGGCCAAAAAUCAGUUCAAUCAAGACGUUAAACAUCUAGCUCGAUUGACCCAGGGCAAACAAAAAUUGCUCAAAUUUAGGGGCGCAAUGGCGCCCGUACUUACGCCAUACGAUAGUAAAGGCGAAGUAAAUGUCUCGCAAAUACCCGCGUAUGUGAAGUAUUUGGUGGCCAACAAAGUGGACGGCGUCUACAUAUGCGGCACAAACGGCGAGGGAUAUAACCUGACCCUCGAUGAGAGGUUUGCGGUGAUUAAGGCCUGGCAUCAGGAGAUCCACAGCCAAAAGGCCGGCCUCUUAUCGGUGGCUAACGUCAGCUCAUACUGUCUGAAAGAGGCCGUAGAUCUGUCCAAACGGGUGGAGGCGCUGGGCGUCGACUCCAUAGCCGUAUUACCGCCCAAUUACUACCGACCCAACAGUAUUGCCGAUUGGGUUAACUUUAUUAAGGCUAUCGGCACCGCCGCGCCCAACACACCCCUCCUUUACUAUCACAUACCGUCGAUGGCCGGCGAGUUGAAUGUGGAUUUGGUGCAAGCGAUCGGUGAGGGACUGAAACAAGUGCCACAAUUGGCCGCUAUUAAAUUCACCGACGGCAACGUUGUCCGGCUGUCAGGCCUUCAACAAUACGCCAGUGAUCUGAAAGUCUUCCUCGGCUUCGAUCAGACACUGUUGACAGUGAUGACAGCCCUGGAGUACGACUCGUCGAUCAGUGCCCUCUGGAACCUACCAGAGCUGCCCGAAGUGUACAAACGGUUCCUCUCAUUCAAUGGACAGUUGGAUUUGGCCAAAGCCCGCGUCGAACAGAAUCGACUCAUCGCCGAGAAUACGGCUAUUAAGAGCACCGGUAACCCCAUUCUCACCGUUAAGUUGGCCUUCAAUGAGAAGGUUAAACAUCUGGGUAUUGAUGUGGUAGUCUAUUGUCUGACAUACAUUAUACGAAACGUUGAGUCGAGCGCUCGACUCGUCAGUCGGUGUCUAAAGUAUUUGGAAGAAAAUUUCAUUGAGACGUGUUUCACAAAUUUUACAACAAAAAUGUCAGUCUUGGAGCAAAGAAAGCAAAAAUUGCUACAAUUCAAGGGUGCGAUGGCCGCAGUCAUUACACCUUAUGAUAAGAACGGCAAAGUGGACGUCUCGCAAAUCGGCGCAUAUGUCAAGUAUUUGGUGGACAUCGGUGUGAACGGCGUGUAUAUCAUCGGCACCACCGGCGAGGGCUAUAACCUGACUAACGCCGAGCGGGUCGAGUUGGCCCGAGCCUGGCGUCAGGCGCUCGACAAACACAGGGCCCCAUUGCUGGCCGUGUUUAACGUCAGCUCCAACUGUUGGCGCGAGUCUCUCGACCUGAGCCGAGAGGUCGAGCGCCUGGGCUUCGACGCGAUCGCUGUUUUGCCGCCCAUUUAUUAUAAGCCAAACACCGUUGAGGAUUGGGUGGACGCACUCCGGCCCGUCGCUAAGGCUGCCCCCAACACACCCCUACUCUACUAUCACAUACCGUCAAUGGCCGGCACUUUUAACUUCGAUAUCGUGGACGCGAUCGGCGAAGGGAUCCGACAAAUACCGCAAUUGGCGGCAAUGAAAUUUACCGACGAUAACGUCAUCCGAUUUUUAGAGAUACAGAAACGACAUAAAAAUGUGUUCAAAAUUUUUAUCGGUUUCGAUCAG